CAUUUUCACGUCUCCCACUUUAGCACAACGGAAGCUGGAGGUGUAGCAUUUCUUUUCUUCCGCCACAGCUCGAAACAUCGGUUCCUACGAGCCAAACAACAUGACCCCACAUCUCAACAUGUCGUGAUAAGCAGUCAUACUUGUGUCUAGCAACAUUUGAAGAAUAUGACGGGGAUCUGGAACAGUCUUUACAUUUCGUGUGUUUUGUUAUUUUUGUUGCAUCAUUCUGGCGUUUUGAGGUUUUCGUCAGUGACAGCACAAGAGAACGAUGAGUCUCAGGAGCUCAUGCUGUCAGAUGAUGCAGUGCCCGACUUGGAGAACAGCCCCAAGUUUGUGGAAUCAGAAGACCUGGAAUCUCUGCCGAAGAGGCAGUUCAAGACAGCUGAGAUUGCAGAUGCUGUGAUGGGCACUGAAGUCCCCAUCGAUCCGUCUGACAUCGAGUCCCUCUUCCCCAAAAAUGUGAAAGACUUCCAGUCAGGCUUCUCCCCGCCUUGUGACGAGAACAGUGCCCAGCGUGUUUCGCCUGUUUUGGCUGCUAAAGGAGCGUCGCUGGAGGAGAAGAGCACUGAACCGUCACAGCAGGUCACCCUUGACAUAGUGCAUGCGGACGGGACGGCAACGGAGGAGCAGAACAUCACAGAAACCGCCAAGACGUACAAAGUGAACUGUGACAAGAGGAACAUCACGGGAAUGGACAGUUUCACUGUGCAUGUCCUCAACGCUUCGCAGGACCUGAUGGAGUUCCUGAAUGCUAACAGCACAGAGUGCUCUGUGGUGCUGUUCUUCACCACCUGGUGCCAGUUCUCAGCCAGCCUGGCACCUCACUUCAAUGCCCUGCCCCGAGUCUUUCCCAGCAUGCACUUCCUGGCACUUGAUGCCUCUCAACACAGCAGCCUCUCCACGAGGUUCGGGACUGUGGCAGUGCCCAACAUCCUUCUGUUCCAGGGGGCCAAACCCAUGGCUCGCUUCAACCACACGGACAGAACGCUGGAGACGCUCACCUCCUUCAUCGCUAACCAGACAGGGUUUGAAGCCGGCCCCGACAGCAACGUGACAGACGCAGACCACCUGGGCCCCCUCCCCAGCGUCCCGGUGAAGAGCAUCGACUGGCUGCUGGUCUUCUCCAUCCUCUUCAUCACAGGCUUCACUCUGUACGCCAUCCUGCGGACAGACAGCAUCCGCUGGCUAAUACCGGGCCAGGAGCACGAGCAUCAGGACUGAAAACACCCCCACAAACACAAAUCACUGGAUGUAAACAUUAUUUGAUGAACAGUUUAGUUUGUUAUUAAAUUUAACAGUUCUUAAUUUGCUUAUAUUUUCAGGGUUUGAUGGACAAAAUUAAUUAUUUGAGCCAUUGUGAUUUAUAAUAAAGAAUAUACUAAUU